UACAGACCAGAAUGCAGCUUAGACACUCUGUCCCUCAAGAUUAGGCGCAUGUUUUUCGCCUUUGCAAUCUCUCUAUUUUCCAUUUCACAAAUAAGAUAGCAGCCAUAAGAACAUGCUGCCUAAACUCAUAAAACACUAAUUCUUGACAAUGCAAAGAUAGUUUGACGGCGAGUAGAGAGGACAAUUUCAAAAGCGGCUAAAUGAUGGAACCUUCCGAAGCAUAAGAGGCUGGACACUUGUUCUCUACUCAAUUUCUGAGCUUGCAAAGUUUGCGGAGAAGACAAAAGAAGUGAGACGUUUCAGGACUUAUUUGGCAUGAAAUUUCUUUGUACAAAUUUGAUCUCUCCAUUCCUAACGUGUCACUUAGCUGUAGAGAAUUUUUUAAUCUUAUAUACAUUAGAUUUAGUUUUCCCCUCUAAUAACUAAACAACUUUUUCUUACCGUAGACCUUAUCGAUAUACGUCGAUGAACCAUGUGAAAAUAUGUGUCUUUCAAAACGCUUUUGUUUUGUAAUACCCAUAAUAACAACUUGAUAGGAUUAGUGAUAUGAAGACUAUUAGGAAAAGACGACGAUGAUCCCGUGAUAAUUGGUCCAUUUUAGUCAUAUAUGUUAACAAUCAGAAAGUAUUCAUGAAUUGUCAAAGAUAUCAUAGUUAAGAUAGGGCAAAGCUUGGCGACCAAGAAAAUUAAAGAGGUCACUUUCAAGAAAACGUGUCCAAAGAACAUUCAACGCUGAUGUUCUCUUAUAAAUACAUACACUUCACAUAGUUACCUGAUACUAAACCUAAAACAUCAUCCAUCCUAUAUAGACUCCGGAUCACGCACGUUUUCUUUAACACUCCGAUGUUCAUGUCUCUCUUAGACUUCUUUUUUGGUUGCUUCAUUCCAAAAUCUGGCUCAAAGAGAACCUCAACCGAUGGUAGUAGUAACUCUAAAGUAUUGGCCUUGGACAAACCAAAAAGCAACUCCAAAUGUCUGAGGGCUCCAAUCAUAGUGUCUCAUUUUCCCGUACGUUCGAAUCUUUCGCUACUGUAAGAGAAGACCAGGAGAUGAAGUGUGUGAGAUGUUGAAAUAUUUGUUGUGCAAGUCUUUCCUCCUUUUUUGUUUCUCUAAUGCUCUUGUUUGAUUGAUUAUGUAUAAAUUGCAAUAGACCAUUCAGAUUAUAAAAA